AUGGAGAGUUCAUCAUCGAAAAAACUUUCCAGCGGUGGUAACAAACGGCGGUUGUCACUUGGAAUUGCACUAAUCGGUCUGCCACCGGUCCUAUUGCUCGACGAGCCGACUACCGGUGUUGAUCCAAAAGCAAGGCGUAUUAUCUGGAAUAUCUUCACCAAGGUACAAAGCCUCGGUACAGCGCUGGUGCUCACCUCCCACAGUAUGGACGAAUGUGAAGCGUUGUGCACGGAACUAGCUAUAAUGGUUUACGGAAGGUUCAAAUGCUACGGUAGCUGUCAGCACAUAAAGAGCCGCUACGGGGCCGGCUUCACCCUCCUGGUGCGAAUGCGUCGUUGCGAAGAUGCUGAAAGAGAACACCACCUUCUUCAACUGAACUACGAGCUGCAGAAACGAGCCGGUAUGACGUGGUCGCUGUUGUUCAACAAAAUCGAAGAACUCUCCCAAAAGUUCGAUUUUGAAGACUAUUCUCUCAGUCAAACCACGUUAGAACAGGUACGUAUCUGA